AUGUCUUCUCUAUUUGGAGGCGCGGGCCUUGGUGCCUCGACAACACAACAGUCCGCCAGCAUUUUCUCUCCGAACAAUUCGACAAGUGCCUUCAACAAACCAGCGGCAGCUGGGGGUCAGCCUACGUCCGGUUUCUCUACCUUUGGGGCUCAGCCACAGCAACAGCAGGCAGGACAGUCGUCGCUGUUCGGACAAAGUCAACAACAGGGCGCCGGUGGACUUUCUGCUUCCACCCAACCAACACAACCUGCUUUUUUCAACAGCCUUCUAGAGCGGGGAAAGAAACGCCCUUUGUCGACGAACGUACAACAUGACGGUCUUGGAGAGAUCCCAAGUCUGCAGUUGGGACUUGACGAUAUUCGGAGAAAGGCCAGGCAGUUAGGCUCUGGUGGAGUGGGAGGCGACCAGCAAAAGGGUGCCGAUACUAAGGCUCACUUUCUGCUUGCAGCCUCUGGCAUCUCUCCUGGGCGUGCCAUGCGCGAUCUCAAAUCUCUAGACACCCAGGCAGCUGCAUCAAGCCCGUUUAAGCAGCCAGAUGUGUUCGACCCGGACAACGAGAAAUUCCUGAGAGGAAUCCAGCAGCGAGGCCGGCAGGCCAUGAUCACGGAGAGUCUAGCUCGUGUGCACCGUGACUUCGAUGCGUUCUUGGAGGAAAAGGUCACUUUGAACUGGGAUGAACAGCGCCGGAAGGUGUUUGAACACUUCGGGCUUGCUCAGAAGGGUGACGUGCAUGCCGAUAGCUUUGCUGCCACGACGAAAGGUUCUUUUGGCCGCUCUCUGAAACAGUCCAAGCAACCAGGUACUCCUGCCCGUGAAACACUCGGAGCUAGCAGGAGAAGCGUCUUUGGUCGAUCGGGGUUGGACAAAUCUGUCAUCGGCUCGCCGGGCAGUGGACUGGGUAGGUCUCAAUUAUUUGGCGACCAAGGAGAGCGCAGCGAACUCUUGGGUGUCCAAUCACCGGACACUAGCUUCUUGCGAGAGAAGAUGGGAUACUUUGCAGACAAGGUGCAGCGGUUGAAUUCUGCUCGACUCCAGCAGAGGACUUUCCCCAUCCUCCACGAGUUUGCGCAGGUUGAGGAGCAUGCAGGUGGCGACGUUCCUCGUCAGCUAUGUGACGCAUACCGUGCUCUGAUAGCGAUUACCAAGGAGGACCCGAGCAUCGAUAAUCCUUCAGACCCCGGAGCCAUCAGAGAACGACAAUUCUCUGAAGAUUAUCUAAACGAAAGCGCAAAUUCUCGGGGAGCGACAAACCUUAGACGUAGGAUCAUUGAGGGAUCAAGGACUUUCCUGGAGAAACUGUUUUACAGCGAAAUUGAGAAUAUGAUCGCAAAGAACCCCCGCGAAGCCCAACUGGGGGGUGUGCCGACAAUCAUCAGCAAGAUCCGAGCGUAUAUUCGACUUCGCGCUGCGAGAAAGGACUUGGCCCCCGAUGGCACUGAGCUGCAAAUGGUCGGCCAAGACUACUGCUGGAUCCUCAUCUUCUACCUGCUGCGUUGCGGUUUCAUCCACGAAGCGGCGGAAUAUGUUAGCCAGGACCCUGGAUUCAGAUCUCUGGACCACAAGUUUGUCACGUACAUGACAACCUAUGCGCAGAAUCGACGGUUACCGCGAGAUCUCCAGCAGAAGAUAAACGGAGAGUACCAGCAGAGGGCCCGCAACGCGCCAGAGAACACAGUCGACCCUUACAGGAUGGCCUGUUACAAGAUCAUUGGACGCUGUGAUCUCGGUCGCAGAAGGCUGGACGGCAUCGUGCAAGGCGUAGAAGACUGGAUGUGGUUGCAAUUCUGCCUUGCUCGAGAAGAUGACCGUGCUGAGGAGACUGCAGGCGAUGUCUUCGGAUUGGAGGACAUCCAGACGGAUAUCACAGAGAUUGGCCAGCGCGUCUUCACCAAGGGACAGGAGGGACCUGGCGGCUAUGGUACCUUCUUCCUUUUACAGAUCCUAGGCGGGAUGUUCGAGCAGGCUGUUUCAUAUCUCGGUUCAUAUGCCCCAGUCAGUGCGGUCCAUUUCGCCAUUGCCUUGAACUACUACGGGCUUCUGCGCGUGUCGGACUUUUACACUUCUGGCGAAGAACUCUUGUCCUUCUCCACCAAGCAAUUCCCACAAAUCAAUUUCGGUUACCUCAUUACCCAGUACACGCGGGAGUUCCGUACUGGCUACGUCGAGGCAGCCGUCGACUAUUUCACUCUUAUCUGCUUGAGCUCUGACCUCCCAGGUGCUCUUGGAAAGUCGCAGGCCUCGGUCUGCCACGAGGCUCUGAGAGAGUUCAUCUUGGAGACAAGAGAUUUCGCGAAACUAUUAGGAGACGUUCGUGCGGAUGGCACUCGAAUUAAGGGUGCCAUCGAGCAGCGCCUGGACCUCAUUAGAUUGGAGGACCAGGAUACAUUCCUGAAAACCAUCACUGUCCAGGCUGCCGCUGUAGCAGAUGAUAAGGGCUUGAUAACUGACGCUGUGCUGCUGUAUCAUCUUGCUGAGGAGCAUGACAAGGUCAUCGAGAUUAUUAACAGAGCACUAUCUGAUGCGGUCGCUAUAGAGCUCGGCGGAUCAGCCAUGAGGUUGCAACCCUUGAAGCCAAGAACCACCAAUGACAGUCAACCAGAACCUUCUGAGCCUGGAAGCAGUCUGAGUCUCACAACAGUGGACGAUCCGGUGGUCCUCGCCAGGAACAUGAUUGGCCUGUACAACUCCAAUGCUCUGUAUUACCAGCGCAUCCGCCAGAUCAACCGUGACGCCUGUGGGGUGUUGCUUCGCAUGAUGGAGGCCAAGAUGGAAGUGGAAGCCGGAAAAUGGACGACAGCUCUCGAUACCAUCAACGACUUGCACAUUCUUCCGUUACGCGCUCGCGGUUCCGUCCAGUACAUUCGAAGUGCCGCCCAGGCUUUCCCAUCCUUCCCCGCUGUUAUUUCCCGUAAUGUCGGCCACUUGAUCAUGUGGAGUAUUACAUGCAUUGGCCAUGAGCGUGAGAGGCUGGAAUCUGGCGCCUACGAGAACGAGAUCAGGAAGAGCUUGGCAGAUGAACUGCUGGUAAUGGCUAAGGAUCUGAUGGUGUUUUCGGGCAUGAUCAAAUAUAAGCUGCCACCGAGGGUAUAUGAGACUCUCGCACGGGCUGGCGGAGACAUUGGAGCAUAUUAA